AGAGAGAGAGAGCGCUGUGCCGCAAAGCCCCGUCCUCCAGGGCUUCUUUAAACACCGUGUUCGCUUCACGCUCCAACAAUAUCAUCCAAUUGAAGAGCCGCGGCGCUAAACUCUCUUCAACUCGACGACGGUCAUCGUGGGAACAGCACCGACGAGCACCGACCGACGAUACGGUGUAAGAGCGGAAAGAACAACGACGGCGUGAACGGUAACAACGUUGCGGGUCAACGACUUUAACCCCUAAUCGGCCGAGGCAUUGUUGCUCUCUGGGGGAAGGCAGUGGAAACAGGAGGGCGUCUCGGUGAAAUGAGAGCGCACCGGGUCGGUGACCGUCGUUCCGUUGUUUUCGAUGUGGUUGGGACCGCAGCGAGCUCGGUGCGGCCGCGUUGAUGCAGCAGCAGCGCACGGCUGUGGUGUUCAAAUCCACCACAAUAGAAGAAUAGAAGAAGACAAUAGGUGAACCACACCGCCGGCCCUCGGACUCCUAAAGACUCCACCAACAAACGAGAGUCUGCACCCGCUUUGGCUUCACCGAGUGUCCGUUGUGAGGAAUCAGCUCUGAGAGUGAAGUGACAGGCGGCAGGUAGCUGGAUCAGGAUGGCGGCCGUGGUGAACUACUCUCCGCCCUGGUGGGUGAAUCUGCUCCACCGGAUGCCUCAUUUCAACAUCGAAUUUCAGCUCGUCAGCAGUGACUUCAGACCGGAGGACUCUGAGUACCAGAAGUCCAUCUUGCUGCUCGGGGCGGUGGCGUUGCUGUGCCUGGGCCUGGACCUCCUCUUCCUCCUCUUCUACUCAUUCUGGCUCUGCUGCCGGCGACGCAAGAGCGACGACUCCUCGCACUCUCGCACGCACUCCCAGCAGCCCAGCGCCGACUGCUGCUGCACCGCCUGGUGCGUCAUCAUCGCCACGCUCGUCUGCAGCGCCGGCAUCGCUGUGGGGUUCUACGGAAACGGCGAGUCGAGCGAUGGGGCCAGCCGCUUGGCGUACUCCCUCCGCCACGCCAACCGCACCGUGUCCGGGGUGGAGAAACUGGUGUCAGACAGCGCCCUCGCCUUAAACCAGACAGUGGAGGAGAACUUGGUCCAGCUGGAGAUAGCCUUCCAGGAGCAGACGGACUACGUGUCCAUCAUCCAAAAGCUGCAGGGACAGCUGGACGAGCUGGUGAGGCUGAUGGUGGACAUUCCCUUCUGGUCCAACACUGACAUUUCCCUGGAGGACUUGGCCCACAAGACGGAGGCUUUUGAUUUUUACAGGUGGCUGGGGUACCUCAGCCUGCUGCUGUUCGAUGUACUCAUCUGUCUUCUGGUGCUCUUCGGCCUGAUACGCAACUCUAGAGGCACUCUGAUUGGCGUGUGUCUGCUCGGUGUGCUGACUCUGAUCAUCAGCUGGGGGUCUCUCGGCCUGGAGCUGGCUGUCGCUGCUUCCGCCAGUGACUUCUGCGUUUCCCCGGAUACCUUCGUCACCAGGGUAACCAAGGAAAACGCUGUCAUCGACCAAGAUAUCCUGCAGUAUUACUUGAGGUGCAGCCCUGGCCAAAUCAACCCCUUCCAGCAGAGGCUGUCAGGGAGUCACAAAGCAUUGGUGGAGAUGCAGGAUGAUGUGGCAGAGCUACUGAGAUCAGCGACACGUGAUUAUGCCAACACCAAGGGGAGUCUCGAGCAAAUCCAGUCCGUGCUGAAUUCCACCGAGGUCGGUCUUCACCAGCUGACCGCUCUGGUCGACUGUCGCAGCCUACACAUGGACUACGUCCAGGCGUUGACUGGGCUGUGUUAUGACGGGGUGGAGGGCGUCAUCUACCUGGUUCUCUUCUCCUUCGUCACUGCUCUGAUGUUCUCCUCCAUUGUGUGCAGCGUGCCACAUACCUGGCCUGGCAAGAGGACGGAUGAGGAAGACGGAGAGGACGAGUCGGGUGCCUCGCGGGGCGGUGUGCACGAUAACCUGUACCGCGUUCACAUGCCCAGUCUCUACAGCUGUGGCUCCAGCUACGGUAGCGAAGCUAGCCUGCCCGCUACAGCCCACACUGUCAGCAAUGCCCCCGUCACUGAAUACAUGAGCCAGAACGCAAACUUUCAGAACCCUCGGUGUGAGAACACCCCCCUGAUUGGCAGGGAGUCCCCUCCACCCUCUUACACCUCCAGUAUGAGAGCGAAGUACCUGGCCACCAACCGACCGGACCAGAACCGACGCUCCGUUCCCAACGACCAACUGGACCCGGCUAGCCGGCCUCACCCCGCUGCCCGACCACAGUCCUCAGUCCACUAGAGACCAGAACCGCACCAGUCCAACCCAGUACUGCCUAAAUCCAGUUUUCACAGCCAGUAACGAGAUCCAACUCAGCGCUCAGCAGAGCUCGAGCAGAGCGGGGCCUUUUGUUAAAAGCACCAACAGGACCCCGCUUUGUCAAGGUCCACUGAACUUCACCAACACCGACCGGUUCCCCACAAACAACACAGCAAGUCCGAACUCACCAACCGAGCACCUCAGCGAAGGACUGCCCUCUGAAGGUCCACUUCUACUUCUCGGCCCCAAUUAUCCAAAAGUUUAAAAGCCGACGCCCAUCCCAGAAGAUCACGAUUUCUACUCCUCUCCACCCCGAGCUGUGACACAUCAGCCCACAUACCCACAAUGCACAGCAACUAAAGCACCUUGGCUCUGGGUUCGUCCACUUUCUUCUUCUACUUUUCAAUUAUCUCUCCGCUCCACUGGGAUCCGUACACUGCCCUCCGGUGGAGACAGCUCCCACCACUCAAUCCCCUGACACUUUUACAUUUAGAUCACACACACACACACACACACACACACACACACACACACACACACACACACA